AUGGCUCCAGAGUCUCGCUUCCUCCUCCUGCCACGGGAGGUACGCGAUCUCAUCUAUGCCGCCUACUUCUCUGCUCCUGGUGGCUACGUCUCCGACUUCUCUUCCGGCAAGCUCCGCAGGGCCGACGGGGAGCCUGUCCACUUGUCCCUACGGUAUGCGUGCCGACAAAUUGCUCACGAGACCAACGGCCUUGCGCUCCAACUGAACUCUGUCACCUUCACGACAUUGUCUGAAGACGAGAGCCUCCGCGCGAGGGCCGAGCGUUUCAACCAUAUCCUCUGCGAGCUCUACAAGGGUCACUACCUGCUACUGUCCAACCUCGGCCCUAGGCCAAGUCCUUUAGUCAACGAGGAAAGGCUUGAGGAGGCAAUACGUCAAUAUCCCGAGGUCGAAAAGUUGGUAGAACUCUACAUGCAAAUGGGCCGAGCGGACGCGUUCUGGACGGCCUCAUACUUGAACAGCGACUAUCCUCCGCUGGAAGCCGGAUUGAAGUCAUUCAAGCAAUCUUGUGGACAGAUCCCGUCCACGUUUUGGGAAGGAGUCAGGUUUGUCUUCAGACACGCUGUAGACAUGCCGAGCGCCAUUCAGAAAGAGCAGCGCUCCAAGUUCUUCCAGCAUCCAGAGCGCAUCGCCCGUUCAGUCUCCUCCUGCCCCGAUCCCUGGAUGAUACCAACUGAAGACGAACUGAAUGCGAUGAUCCAGGGCGUGGCCACCCAGUCCGCUAAAUCACUAAAAACAAGGCGCCAUCUUCGCAAACUUGUUGUGAACGAAGACCGCAAGUCGGUGGCGUUUCCCGAGUGUCAUGCUAAGGGAUUUGUCCCAUAUCUGGAGGAGAAUCCACGCUUACAGAUUGAACGCGUGGCGAGUCUGUGGCAGUGUGUGUUCCAAAAGGACAAACUGGGUUCACUAUUGGCUACCGAGUUCGACCGCCACCUAAACAUUUUGGUAGAUAAAGAGAGCAAGCUGCCGGUCGACUACAUCACCUACAAUGUGGCUGAAUGGAUGGCGGAAGCUUCCACGCUUCAGGCCUUCAACCGCACCUUCCGGCUUGUGCUAGAUGGGGGUCCCGUGCCCGAGCACACCGCGCGGAUUUUCCAGGACGUUGUCCAAAGGGACGCGGCAUGGCAGACUGCCUUUGAGCGAAGCUUCGAUUGGGAGGGGAUGGAUAUCAAAGACAUCAUUGCCCUUCGGCAGCGAAACCGAAGCUUCAACUUUGAGGGAUUCCCUGAGUGGGUUGAGAGGAUCGGCAAGCCCGACUCGGUCGUCCAGUGCAACUUCGACCCCGGAGGGCCAGUGGAUGUGCAAGCCAUCGUGGACGAACAUCGGGACUGGAGCUUGAGGGAUUGGUGGAAUCUUUGGGGCCGGCCGGGCCAGACCGUCGAUACAUGCCCACCACUUGCACCAUGGGUCCAGCUGAUCCAUGACAAUGUCAUGCCCGAGUGGUUUGAGCUGGAAGACCCCAGUGACAGCGAAGACAGUCUGUCCAGUUAA